GCAAGAAUUCUACGAGUUCGCGAAUGCACAGGGCGAGCUGACUGGUUUUUCCGCAACACGACGGAAGGAUACGGCACUGAAGCGGUUUCGUGUGAUCGGCUUGCUGAGCUUCCUCAAAUCUCAAAAGGCACGCUUGUUGGAAUGGCUGGAGCGGGAUCAGCCAUUGCAUGGCAUAUUCGUGAGGACGUCAGACGACACGAACGUCUACACAAGUCCUGAAACAGGGCCUUCGGUAGACUUGGACGGACUAGAGGCAGUGGAUAAUGCAGGUGCAGAGGCUGCAGAGGAGGAAGAGGGCGUCGAGGGGGCAGGCCGGAAAGCUUCAGUGGGCAGAACUGGCCGCCGCAAAGUAUCACCUCUUCUUGGAAUUAUGCAAUGGGCUACUUUGCGGCGCAGGGAUGGCACAGUGGAGAGUGUUCAGCUGCAUGUCCCCUCACAGGUGCCAAUGCGGCCACGAUACUUGACCGAACAAAUCGUUGGUCUCUGUGCGGAUACAAUGGGGCAGGCGAACACCUGGGAGGCGCUCAGUCAGAUGAGUACUGACGCUCUUGCGGCAAACGUCCUCGUUGCAGCUCUAGAACAACGGGCCUACAUCGAGAAACGCAGGCAAGAGGGCUUGGUGCGUUUUUCGAACGCAACCAAAGGGUCGCAAUUCCGCCAGCGGCUAGACAACACCUUGACGGCUAUUGUUGCCAGGGCCGAACGCCGAGAAGUGACUCAAGUGCCAAGAACCACGCAGGAGCUGGAGCACAGGCAUGCAAGCAUUUUGCAACUUUGCAGCUCAGAUCUCACAGAAGACGACAAGGCCCUUAUCCUACGUAUGAUCAACGACGACUGGCGUGAGCAACUGGUUGCCCAGGGAAAGCUGCUGCACAUAUGCCCGCCGGGCUGCUGUUCGAACCAAAAGGCAUUCAGACAGAAUCUCAAGGCAGCACUAAAUGCGCUGUUCGCUUCUCUCUUUACCCCUCCACUGUUGUACAGGUGGAAGGGCUUCGAUGUUGCGGCCCAAUACGUAACCCGUGGACUAGCAGUGCGGGGCCUUUUGAGGUACAUAUGGCAGCAGUGCAAGAACGAACAAGCGGACAUAUUGCCAGAUUUGCUUGAGGCGAAUUUGGCGAUGGACGAGGACAAUCCGGACGUUGCCCCUGCCAUCAAACAACAAAUCAGAGUCGCAAAAGUGAUGCAGCUUCUGAAUGAGCAUGACUCGUUGGCGAGAUUUGCUCAGUCACUUGUGGUCACAGACCCGUUGAGCAGCUAUAUGGAGAAGGUGUCCUUCACAGAGGUUGCUCGGGCACGGCUCCGCUUGAAAAAUCGGGGAUUGACUUUGAGUGACAGUGCUUGUCGGAAUGCCAACGUGGAUGAUCUCGCGAAGCUAACUCGCGAGAUUAUAACUGGCGAGACUGGUUGGUGCGUGAUUGACGACUUCCAGAGGUUGCUGGAAGCUCCAAGUACUGCAGACGUCUGGUUCCCUUCGCUUGGAGUGCAGAAGCAAGAUAGCGUCGAGCUUCUUUUGAUUGGGGUUGCAGAUGCAUACAGGAGGUUGGUGAUGCCAUAUGAGUGCCUUCCUUGGCAGCUGUUUCAGGUGGUUGGUCAAGUGCUCUUUCAAUGGGUUCUUGACGACGCUGAGCAAGCAGUGCUUGAUGAUGCUGUCCGCCUUGCACGGCAGCUCACACGUGUCUCGCACAUACAGGUCCUUCUCCGUGAUGUGCUGAACCAGCUACCAUCAAGCUCUGUGGAUAUAGAGCGUCAACACGCGAACCUUCUCGUGGAUGCAGGGGCUCACAAAAGCGUGCCCUCACGACCAUCGACCAUCCAAUCAGACUCACUGGUGACGAAUGUGUACCUAGACCAUGCAGGUCUGAAGCAGCAUGUCGAAGCAGAAAUUAUGGGCAAGGCAGGCAAGCGAGUGAAGAUGGUUCUUCGUGCCAGAAUGGUGGAAACCAGUGCGCCUGGCGCAGGGGUGGCUUUGCGACGGGCAGGACUGGCCUCAGACGGGACGGUCAAGCGCCGCGCGGGAAUGCUGAAGGGCUUGUUGUCGGAAGCGCACGUGAAGCCGCGCAGGGUCAGUGCCUACAAUGCUUUUCAGCAGAGCAUGAAGCGCCUAGGCGGCAACGCGUACUGCACUGCUGCUCGGCAAUCAUUUCGGUUCGGGCGCUUGACCGACCAGGAGUCGAAGUCAGUGCAGAAGAGCCUUGGUGACCAGUGGAAAGGCUUGAGCAAGGAGGAGAAAGCUGUGUACCAGGAGAGAGCGGAUGAGAUGCAGGCUGCGCGGACAGCGCUUAGCCAGACAGCUUUGCAAUCGCGCAACGCUCAGCAGGAAGCAGACGCCCAAUCCUCGCUGAGCGUUUCGCAGAUCAAACGCUUGAAUGGGGCGAGAUUGGAGAAGAGCUUAAACCAUGUCGCGGAGCACCCGGCUUGGCAUCAUGGGCUCGGGCUGGGGGACCACAUCAGUGCCUUGAGGGCCGAACUCGUUAUGGAUUGCAGUGGCAACGAGAACCGUGCGGAUCUCCGUGCUGAGUUUGACGCAGUGUUCGGCUUCGACACUCAAAUACUCAGCAAUCCCAAGAAGAGUCCUCCAUUUCUCAGGGCACGCGUGACUGCCCAUGCAGGUCUUUGUUGUGCUGAGCCGCACUUUUCUGUGCUGCAGAAGCUGGCGUCCGAAUUCGAUACAAGCUUGCACGCCAAAAAGCUUGGAACCAGCCCUUCGCUGGUGAGAUUUGUGUCUGGCGACCAUAAGGUCUGGCUGCUGUUGAGUGCUGUCAUGCGCCGGCCGGUCUCCCAUGUCGGAACGCAAGUUGCUCGCACUGGGAGCGAGCUGCGGUUGAAGCUUCGGAACGGUCGGCUCCAAGUGUGUACCGUGCACCAGCUGCUGCGUACAUUGCUGAGCCGUCAUGUUGCUGGCGGUCAGGCUGCAGACCAACUGGGAGUCGAGGUGACAUUCUUCCCGGAAAUCACGAUUGCAGACGCGGAAUUGGUGUACUUUGUGGUUCCGGAGGAUGAGGAUGCAGCAGCGGUGGUUCACCUUGGAUCCUGGCGUGUGGCAGAACACAGGGCUGCUCCUCGUGCAGAAGCCCGGCUUCCGUUCGGGCUGAAGAUGCCGGAUCCGACUGAUUCCAGGCCUCGCAAGCAGGCCAAGAGGGACGAGAAACGAUGUGGAGGGGCUGGCGAUCUGUCAACCCAGCACCACAGCUUCAUAAA